AUGUUUCAGACGUCCACAGACUCAGGAGGAGAGAGAGAGAGGUGGGACCACAGACUCAGGGGGAGAGAGAGAGAGAGGUGGGACCACAGACUCAGGGGGGAGAGAGAGAGGUGGGACCACAGACUCAGGGGGAGAGAGAGAGAGAGGUGGGACCACAGACUCAGGGGGGGAGAGAGAGAGGUGGGACCACAGACUCAGGGGGAGGGAGAGAGAGAGGUGGGACCACAGACUCAGGGGGGGAGAGAGAGAGAGGUGGGACCACAGACUCAGGGGGGGAGAGAGAGAGAGGUGGGACCACAGACUCAGGGGGGGAGAGAGAGAGGUGGGACCACAGACUCAGGGGGGGAGAGAGAGAGGUGGGACCACAGACUCAGGGGGAGGGAGAGAGAGAGGUGGGACCACAGACUCAGGGGGGGAGAGAGAGAGGUGGGACCACAGACUCAGGGGGGGAGAGAGAGAGAGGUGGGACCACAGACUCAGGGGGGGAGAGAGAGAGGUGGGACCACAGACUCAGGGGGGGAGAGAGAGAGAGGUGGGACCACAGACUCAGGGGGGGAGAGAGAGAGGUGGGACCACAGACUCAGGGGGGGAGAGAGAGAGGUGGGACCACAGACUCAGGGGGGGAGAGAGAGAGGUGGGACCACAGACUCAGGGGGGGAGAGAGAGAGAGGUGGGACCACAGACUCAGGGGGGGAGAGAGAGAGGUGGGACCACAGACUCAGGGGGGGGGAGAGAGAGAGAGAGGUGGGACCACAGACUCAGGGGGGGGGAGAGAGAGGUGGGACCACAGACUCAGGGGGGGAGAGAGAGAGGUGGGACCACAGACUCAGGGGGGGGGGGGAGAGAGAGGUGGGACCACAGACUCAGGGGGGGGGGGGGGGGGGAGAGAGAGAGGUGGGACCACAGACUCAGGGGGGGGGGGGGAGGGGGAGAGAGGUGGGACCACAGACUCAGGGGGGGGGAGAGGAGAGUGGGACCACAGACUCAGGGGGGGAGGUGGGACCACAGACUCAGGGGGGAGGGGAGACUCAGGGGAGAGAGGUGGGACCACAGACUCAGGGGGGGAGGUGGGAGAGGGGAGAGAGGUGGGACCACAGACUCAGGGGGGGGGGGGGGGACUGGGGGAGAGAGGUGGGACCACAGACUCAGGGGGGGGAGAGAGAGAGGUGGGACCACAGACUCAGGGGGGGAGAGAGAGAGGUGGGACCACAGACUCAGGGGGGGGAGGGGGGGGGGAGAGAGGUGGGACCACAGACUCAGGGGGAGAGAGGUGGGACCACAGACUCAGGGGGAGAGAGGUGGGACCACAGACUCAGGGGGAGAGAGGUGGGACCACAGACUCAGGGGGAGAGAGGUGGGACCACAGACUCAGGGGGAGAGAGGUGGGACCACAGACUCAGGGGGAGAGAGGUGGGACCACAGACUCAGGGGGGGGAGAGAGAGGGGAGAGAGGUGGGACCACAGACUCAGGGGGGAGAGAGAGGGUGGGACCACAGACUCAGGGGGGGAGAGGUGGGAAGUGGGACCCACAGACUCAGGGGGAGAGAGGUGGGACCACAGACUCAGGGGGAGAGAGGUGGGGGACCACAGACUCAGGGGGAGAGAGGUGGGACCACAGACUCAGGGGGAGAGAGGUGGGGACCACAGACUCAGGGGGAGAGAGGUGGGACCACAGACUCAGGGGGAGAGAGGUGGGACCACAGACUCAGGGGGAGAGAGGUGGGACCACAGACUCAGGGGGAGAGAGGUGGGACCACAGACUCAGGGGGAGAGAGGUGGGACCACAGACUCAGGGGGGGAGGUGGACCACAGAGGGGGAGGGUGGGACCACAGACUCAGGGGGAGAGAGGUGGGACCACAGACUCAGGGGGAGAGAGGUGGGACCACAGACUCAGGGGGGAGAGAGAGAGGUGGGACCACAGACUCAGGGGGGGAGAGAGAGGUGGGACCACAGACUCAGGGGGAGAGAGGUGGGACCACAGACUCAGGGGGAGAGAGGUGGGACCACAGACUCAGGGGGAGAGAGGUGGGGACCACAGACUCAGGGGGAGAGAGGUGGGACCACAGACUCAGGGGGAGAGAGGUGGGACCACAGACUCAGGGGGAGAGAGGUGGGACCACAGACUCAGGGGGAGAGAGGUGGGACCACAGACUCAGGGGGAGAGAGGUGGGACCACAGACUCAGGGGGAGAGAGGUGGGACCACAGACUCAGGGGGAGAGAGGUGGGACCACAGACUCAGGGGGAGGGGGGGAGACAGGGGGAGAGAGUGGGACCACAGACUCAGGGGGAGAGAGGUGGGACCACAGACUCAGGGGGGAGAGAGGUGGGACCACAGACUCAGGGGGAGAGAGGAGGUGGGACCACAGACUCAGGGGGGGAGAGAGGAGGUGGGACCACAGACUCAGGGGGAGAGAGGUGGGACCACAGACUCAGGGGGGGGAGGUGGGACCACAGACUCAGGGGGAGAGAGGUGGGACCACAGACUCAGGGGGAGAGAGGUGGGACCACAGACUCAGGGGGAGAGAGAGGUGGGACCACAGACUCAGGGGGAGAGAGGGUGGGACCACAGACUCAGGGGGGAGAGUGGAGAGGGGGAGAGAGGUGGGACCACAGACUCAGGGGGAGAGAGGUGGGACCACAGACUCAGGGGGACAUUUAUUGCACAGUUUUGAAUUACAAUAACAAACGUCUGAAGAAUCGAGAUCUGCUUUUACUGACGUGA